AGAGCUAAUAAUCAACGCCGAUUUCGGCCCUUACCGACGAAUUUGUGCGGGUUUCGUCACGCAAUCAUGCCGCGCGACUCUUAAUCUUGAGAAAAAUGACCCGGGAACGCGGCUUUGCGCGCAAAAUCGGUCGAAAUUCGGCGAAAAAAGGGGCCUAGUUUGACGGGUUGUCAGAGCUUGAGCAUAUGAUCAGCGAUUGUUGCGCCCCUGGCGACCUUUGCACGAAGCUCGCCAGCCAGAGACGAAGAAGCAGGCUUAAAAUACCAAAACAUGAGUGCAGCGGUUUCAGGUCCUGCUGACGGUCUGCUUUUGCAAGCCUCGAUCACAAUGGACCAGACUUAAAACGGAUGCUUUGACGACCUUUUCGAACUCGACUUGUGAUGGCUGCACGAAAAACUGUGUUCCCGCUACUGCGGCUGCAGCCCUCCAAAGGUUACUUCACCUCCGGCAGGCUGAGGGCCUAUCCCCGACUCUCUCCUCAAGAGGUCACGGCGAUUUUGCGCGUCAACGAGUACACGCAGGAGUUUCAGGGCAGCAGUGUGAAAUCGUACGACAGCAACCAGCUGCCCUCGAACAACCCCAUUGAAGACACAAGAGCCGAAGCCCGAUGUCUGCUUACACAAGGUCUCCUAAUGGGGAUCUUCGAUGGCCACGCAGGAGGCUCCUGCGCCCAGGUGCUGUCCAAGAGGCUCUUCAAGUAUGUGGCGGCGUCGCUUCUGCACCCCGAGGUUGUGCACAAGUUCACGCAAUCACCCACAGAUCUGAUUCAGUCGUUCAACGACAACUACAAAUUGACCGAAGUUUUAGAAGACCUGUAUGUUAAAAGUUUUGACCAGUUCCUCAAUGAUCUGUCCAAGCAAACGUCCGAGGAGGACACAAAUAAGGCCCUGGAAAGGGCAUUCAUGCGAAUGGACGAAGACAUCAGUCGAGAGGCCGAGCCCAAGGUGGCUGGCCCGGCCAGUCAAGCCACAUUGACGGUGGCAGGCUCAGGCGCCGUAGCCUGCGUCUCCUACAUUGCUGGCGCCCAUUUGCAUGUAGCCAGUACUGGAGAUUGUCAGGCUGUGUUGGGUUCUGUGACCGAGAACAACCGCUGGACGGCAAUAAAACUCACCGAGGAGCACAAUUCGGACAAUGUGGCCGAGGUGUCUCGUAUCUUGGCCGAACAUCCACCUAACGAAAAGGACACUGUGAUCAAGAUGGACAGACUUUUGGGGCAGUUGGCACCUCUAAGGGCUUUCGGUGAUUUCCGCUAUAAGUGGAGUAAAGACAGAUUAAGGCAACAACUUGUGCCCAAGCUAGGAGAACAGGCCAUCCCUCCAAACUACUACACACCUCCUUAUCUGACUGCCAAACCUGAGGUCACCCACCACAGACUGACGCCCAAGGAUAAGUUCCUCGUGAUUGCCUCGGAUGGCCUGUGGGACUUGAUUUCUCCCCUGCAAGCUGUGCGCCUUGUGGGUGAACACAUGAGCGGUAAAGUGACUCUGAAUCCGUUCCGCCUUCCCAAGACCGAAAUGAGACUAAAAGAAGUUAACCAGUUGCUGCUGCAAAGAAAAGAGGGACUCAAAAUGAAGCCCCUUGACACCAACGCAGCCACCCAUUUGAUCAGAAACGCCCUCGGGGGAACUGAGUACGGCAUUGACCACGGCAAACUUUCCCAGUUACUGAUGCUGCCGGAUGACAUGGUGCGAGUGUUUAGAGACGAUAUCACAGUUACCGUAGUCUACUUUGACUCGGAGUUCCUUCAAAAGUGUCCAGCUUGAUAGGAAAGGCAUCAGUCGGUCAAUGAGCGGGCAAUCAAGUAAGUUAAAUUUUUAUCAUUGAUAAAUGUUGUCUUUGGCAAAAUUUUAGAAAGUGGAAAGUUUUUUUAAAUUUCUUCGAAGGAAAUGUUUUGAAUCUGAUACAUCAGAGACUUUUGUAGAAGUUUAAUUAUUGCCAGUAAUUCGCACAUGUCAUUAGUUUAAGUUCUUGCAACAAUUAAGGUGCCAAUAAUUAAAAAGGUUGUCUUUAAAUAUCUGACGUCAGAAAAUGAUGUUUAAAAAUUCUUGAUUAAAGAGUGCAAAGCGAUUAAUUUAUUAUUUGCAAUAGACGUAGAAGGCUGUUUUAUUAAAUAUGAUGGAGAGCACCUAGUGUCCUAUCACUGAGUGAUAGCAGGUUGCUGCGAGCUGUAUUGUUAUGUUUGCCAGCUGUGUUGGCAAUUUAUUUGUAAUAGUUUGGAUUAAAUUGUUGAUUCAAUUCCCACGCAAAUAAAAUUUAUGCCAAAUAAAAUACUUA